AUGUCAUCCCUUCGCAACGCCGUCCACCGGCGCAACCACAAGGAGCGCUCACAGCCCCUCGCCCGCCAAAAGUUCGGUCUCCUCGAAAAGAAGAAGGACUAUGUUGCUCGUGCACGCGACUACCACUCCAAACAGGACCGUCUCAAGGCCAUGCGUGAGAAGGCCGCCUUCCGCAACCCUGACGAGUUCUACUUCAAGAUGAUCAACUCCAAGACCAAGGGCGGUGUUCAUUUGACGGAGAGGAACGAUAAGUUCUCACAGGAUUUCCUCAAGUUGCUGAAUACCCAGGACCUCAACUAUGUCACCCAGCAGCGCGAUAUUGGGAAGAGGCGGAUUGACAGGAUGCAGCAGGGGUUGGUCCUUUUGGAUGAUGAUGUCCAUGAUGAGUUUGCAGAGGAAGAGGAUGAGGAUAUGUUUGGUAGCGGACUCGGGAGCAGUUCGAAGGCUGCUGUCAAGCCCAAGAACCACAUCGUCUUUGUCGAUACCGAGGACGAAGUGAAAACAUUCGACGCAGCAAAACACUUUGACACAGCACCAGAACUAGUCCACCGGAAAUUCAACCGUCCCCGGACCUCGCAGCUCAAGAAGGACACUGUCGUUGCUCAUCUGGAAAAGGCCGAGAUCAAGGCAGCGACCAAGGAGCGUGAACGCGCAUUGACGGAAUUGGCCUCGAGAAUGGAACGUGAGGAGACGAUGGCCAAGUUGGAAAGUGAGAUGAAGCUUCGCAAGAACUUGAUGCUCAAGGGUCGCAAGAAGAAGAUUGGUGUCGAUAAGGAUGGACUUGCUAAAUACAAGUGGAAGGCUGAUCGCAAGAAGUAG